AAUUCAAAUCUAACGUGUUGUUUCGAACGGUUUAUACUUUUUAUAAUAAUAAUAAUAAAAUACUACUCUGUAGCAAAAUAAUUGAAAUAUCACACAAACAAAAUAAAAAACAAAUUUAAUAUAAAAUACAAUUAACGUUUACGUUUAAUUUAAUCAAAAUAAAAGAAAUAAACUGUUUGUUACAAAAUACCUAUAAUUGUAUAGAGUAACCUUUUUUUUGCAAGUAUAUAAUUUGAAAAAAAGGAUUAAACGAAACGCAUAUAAAGGAUUUAUAUCUUUUAUAUAAUGGAUUAUUAAAAGUGUUCUAUUGUUAAAAAACGGGAAAAGAGUUUUAAUAAAAAAAAAAAAAAUAAAACGCGUAAAUCAAUAAUUUAAUUCUGUCUGUGCUCGUUUUUGGAUUACAAACUUUUGGUGAAAAAAUGUUGUCAAUGAAAACUUUUGUUUUAAUUAGUAUAUCACUAGUGGGUUUAGCCAGUGUAUGUGCCCAAAUAGCGCCUGGAUCAAAUCAAUAUUUACCUCCCAAAAAAAAUGGUUAUGAUUAUAAAGAACCAGAUACACCAUUCCCAAAACCACCAGGUCCACGCCCACCAGGUCCAGGACCACGUCCCAGACCAAAUGGAGAACCCGGACCAGACCAUGUACACAUGCCCGGCAAUCCAUUCGACUUUGAAUAUGCUGUCAAUGAUAUUGAGACUGCCAACGAUUAUGCUCAUAAAGCUUCCAGUAAUGGCGAUGUUGUAACCGGUGAAUAUCGUGUGCAGUUGCCCGAUGGUCGCAUGCAAGUUGUGCGCUAUACAGCCGAUUGGAAGACUGGCUAUCAUGCAGAUGUCAGUUACGAAGGUGAACCUCAAUUCCCUCAGGGACCUGGUGGAAGACCAGGCUAUAAAUAUUAAACUCCACCACAUCUUCCCCGAAACACACACUUUCUCUCCCAGACACAUUCUAUCUCUAACACUGCCUGUCACCAACAACAACUCCCUCCUUCUCCUUAAACACUGCCACUUAAACUACUCAAUCAAUCUCAAUCUCAGUUAUUCUCUUCUCUCGUUCAGAGAAGAGAAUAAUGUUUAAUUAAAAGAAUAAAAAGAAAGAAUAAUUAAAUUUUACACGUACAACUUGCUUAAGAAAUAUGUUUUGUAACUUAUGCCCUGCGUGGCGAAAUGUAUAGAGUAAAAGAAUAAGUAAGAAGGACUUCAUUCAUCUUUGUUGAUUUGUUUAAAACUUUAUAUUUUAUUUUUUAAUAAUUUUAUUUUAUUUAAUUAAAAAUUUUAUAAUAUUCUACUUUUAUUUUGGAGUGAUUUAAAUAAUUUUGUGUAACAAAAAAAUAUAAAUGUUAGAAAAACGAGUAAAAAAAAAUUAAUUUUUAAAAUAAAAUAUAAUUUUAAAGAA